AUCACCCUCAACGUCGGCGGCCGCAAAUUCCUCACCCGAAUAGACACCCUUGCCACAGGAUCUGGAUUCUUCGCAGCUCAACUAUCCCGAUGGAUUGGCGAUCCCCGGGAAGAUGGUUCGUUCUUCAUCGACGCUGAUCCCGAUCUCUUCGCUCACUUGCUUCGACAUCUCCGCCGUCCGAACACCUUCCCUUUGUUCUGGAAUAUGGAGAAAGGGUUUGACUAUGCGCUUUACCACGCUCUCUAUGUAGAAGCGGAGUAUUUCGGAAUCUAUGAGCUUGCUAAGUGGAUCGAAGCGAAGCAGUAUCUCAAGGCGAUCACAAUCAAGUCACAUGGCCCAGAGAUCCAUGAAGUUAAUGGUGCUCCAGGACAGCCAUUCGUUAUGAAUCCUAAUGUAGAAGUCGUCCAGAGGGAAAUUUUGGUGACGAAACGAGAGCGGUUUGUUUGUCCCCGAGGAAUCUUUGCUCAUAUGGUUCAACGAGGCGAGCGGCUUAAGUGUGGGAAGGCAUGCUGGAAGGUGGGAGGGGACGAUCCAGAUGAGUACGUGGAAGAGGCGUAUAAAGAGGCAGUUACUUGGAAGAAUGAAGUGAUCUUUAAUGCUGAUGUUUGU